AGACAACUGGUCGCCGUUGGCAACCGAAUGGCUAUAGCCGAUCGAGCGAUACUCCAACGACAGCCACGCCCUUGCGCGUAACGCUCGACACUUGCAACUCUUUGAAAGUAUUCAAAUGUAUCGAUGCAUUUGACUUACAAGAGUAUCUCGGUUUAAAUUUGACGAGACUGAAAAAUUAUUUGACAUCAUUGUAAAGGAAUAUCGUGCAGAUCUGAGCGCAGUAUUAUAUUAGCAUAUUGUCAAUCGCAAAUACGCGCAAUCGCGUUCUAUCCGACAGAGGGAGCUGCGUUAGAUGGAUCGGUACUUGCGAAGGAAUGCGCUUGACCGGAUUUGUUUCGCCGUUUGUUUGUGUCGCGUUUGCGGUGUCCAACGGCGUCUUGUCCCUUUAGCAGUUCCAAACUAGUCCCGUAGUCCCUAUUAAUCGAGUUCAAUCACCACGGAUAUAUCGAAGUCACUACCGUUGUCAACAAUACCUGGGACGGCGCCGUACAAUUAGGGGAUCGUGCACAUAAGGUCGAUAGAACAAAAGUGGCAUUAGAUGGUAGGAGCGCUAUGGCGGACGUGCAGAUGGACAUUUACGAGGAUAUGUUCAAAGAGAUCACGAAAAAAAUCUACGGCCAAGACGUAUCGUCGGAAGACAGGCAGUUUGGUGAACAGGACGCCUUUAAAAUGGUCGAGGAAGGAUUGAGUAUGAUCGAUAAUGAAACCACAGAAUCAUUCGGCGACGUACAGCUGGAAGAAGACCCGUGGGUGACCAAUGACGAGACCAUAUCAUGGACCACUUCGAAGAUAGCCAGUUACAACGCAGAAAAGAAGUUGUUCAAAUGUCAAGAGUGCGAGUCGGUAGGGUUGUUGUCCAGCGUCGCUGAACAUUGGCUGGGAACACACGCCGACGUUAAGGUGUUUCAGUGUCCACAGUGCCCGUACGCGAGCGCCUGGGCUCGGUGCAUAAGGAUACACCUCACGCGACAGCAUAACGUCGCGGCUGACCAAGGAACCGAAGUCGGUACGCCGUGGAAGGAGAGUCCUGUUCUGGAAGAGGUUACCAGUUAUUUAGCACGGCUCAAGUCCAAAUCCGACGUCACCGAGCCGGAGGAAUUUGUCGGGAGUGCGCCGGCGGCCGUUGAAGACGAGCAGUUAAUCGUCCCCGACCCAGAAACGCACCCAGCUCAAAAGCGUUUCAACUGUACUCAUUGUCCAUACGCGACGGACCGUCGGGAUCUCUACACCAGACACGAAAACAUUCACAAGGAAGACAAACCGUUCCAGUGCGACAUUUGCCAAAAACAAUUCAACAGGGCAGAUCACGUAAAAAAGCACUACACUCGAAUGCACCGCGAACACGAGUACUGUUUAAGCCGGGUGAAGCGCGAUCCGUUUGGGAAGACGGCUGCUAACGUGCAAGCCUCUCAGAGAGUAACGUUGUACUCGGGCGACCCGCCGCCUGAAUCGGAUGCUCAGCCACAACAACAACCGCAGCAAAUAAUCUUGUCGCAAACUAUAGACGCCACGCAUCCGUCCAUCAUCACCGCUCCGCUAACGCUGGACGAUCAACAGCAGACUGUAGUCAACAUAGCUGUGGUCAAUUUCAACGAGCAAACAGGCACGCAUACUAUCCAAAUACCCAUACCGACCAGUCAGAUUAAACCGGUGAUGUUCGCACCGGACACGUUGAUGACAGUUGAUUCGAUUAUUAAUCCUAACGGGUCGACGGGCAACGUGUUGGCAACAACUUCGGCAGUAACUAGCAAACCCAAAGGCAAAGGUAGUAGAAAGAAUUUCGAAAAGCGAUACAGCUGCACGUUCUGUUCGUGGUCAGGUGUGGACAACUGGUGUCUGAAACGACAUUUGAACACCCACAUGAAACCGUACGAGUGCAUGUUUUGCGAAUACAAAGCGGCUAGGGCUGAAAGACUGGCCACGCACGUAUUCAAAGUGCAUAGCAAACGUAUGUGUUGUCGUUGCUCAUAUGUGGCUCAAGAUCAAGACGAUCUAUACGCUCAUCAAACAGAACACAACCAUAAAAGUGUAAGAUCACGAAGGACUCAAACUUCACCCACUCCGUCUUCUCCGGACCAAGUUGAACAUGAAACAGAUGACAAAAACAACGACGUAAUUGUGGUGUGGCCAAUGCCGCCUGUUGACUCUCAAAAUUCAAUUUCUAUUUAAGAAAAAAAAAACAAUUUUCUGUGCGUGCCAAUUAUUAUUCUUACAGGGAUGACUACAAGUAAAACGCACCUAUUAAGUGAAAAGUAAGAUCAAAAGGGGUUUUACAUUUAUAGUAACAAUGUGAAACAUACGGUAUUUUAAAAAUUACAUUACUUUAACACGCGCGCACACUCACACACACACACAAGCAACGCGUUGAUAAAUGGUUGUAGUUAACUACACAAGAUUUUUUACAAUUUAUUUGAAUUGCAGUGCCAAUAAAUAUAUAAUUAUACAUAGAUAUAUUUGUUAAGGGGUGUGUGUGUGCAUUAUUAUGCUACAAGGUACAUUUACCAGUUUUGUUAUUUGUUUUAAACUAAAAGUUAAAUGUCCAAAUCCUAUUUAAAAUAAAAUUUAUUUGCAAUAGGUAAAUUGUUAUGUUUUUCUUUGAAAAUUGAUAGGUAAUGGUGUUAAGACGUUAAAUUUAAUUAGCAUUAAAAGUUGUGAAUUACAAUUUACUUAUUAGGAAAUUUUUCAAUUAUCGAACUUUUACUAAUCUGUUUUUGUUUAAUAUUCAAUAUUAUCACAUUACAUUGUUUGAUAAAGUAAUUUUAAUUGAAACUAUAAGUGUAUAAUUUUGUUGAAUUAUAAAAUGUGUUUUCAACUAAAAAAAAUUAUUUUAAGAACAUCAAAUUAAUUGUUGAAGCUUAAAAUUAAUUAAUACUCAGAAGGCAUGAUCUGUCUCAGAAAUCUCUUGCAGGGUUUUUUCAUUGUCAGCAUUUUGAAAUGUGUUAAAAAAUAAGUAUAUUUUGUAAAUAAUAACAUUAAUUUAUUUUAAAUUCGUACACACAACCAUACCUUCGUAUACAUUGUUUACUAAAUAUGUAAGAAAACGAGAAAAUUUUCCUAACUUUUAAAUUAGAACUUGCGAGUAUUAUUAAUAUUUUUCUAAAUUUAUUUAUUAAAAAAAUUCUUAAACAAUAAUCAAAUUAAUGCGAUAAUCCAAAGGAAUUCAGAGUAAAAACUUUAAUAAUCAUUUCAUUUUUGGUGUAUAUUUAUAUUUAAAUGAAAAGUAUCAUCAAAUAACAUAGAAAAAUAGAAACAAUCUAUGAUUUAUAUUGUAAAGGUUAUGAUUUUUUGAAAUUAGUACUUAAAAAUACAUUUUUACUAUUAACAGAAUAUUUCCAUACUAUCAAUUUUACAUUUGUUAUGAAAUAUAAUGACUAGCUUCAAGUAAAAUAUUCUUAAGUCAUAAUAUCAAAAUUAAACAUACACCACAAUAAUUAUGAACAAUAAAAAAGGUUAUUAGAAUUUGUAAAAUAUUGUUACGUUUGGUACAUGAACAUGAAUAUUGUAAAGUUGUACUUUACUCUGGUCCAGGUUUUAUUGUAAAAUUUUUCUAAUUCCUAGUCUAUUUUCCCCAAAAUAUAUAUAUAUAUAUA